AUGCCUCAAUUCACUCAAUUAAGAACAGAAGAUGGCUGGAAAUAUGUUACAGGAUGCGAAUGUGACCGUUGUUUGGAGCACUCACCACAAUAUUUACCACAAGAUUUAAAUCAAGUUCGGCCGAUUAGGCAGAAUAGUUUUGAAAUCAUUUCUUACCAACAUCCGCAUCCUCAUCUAUUUUACCAACAUAGUUUUCAGAACCAACAACUUAAUUUUCAUCAACGACCACCUUUUAAGCAGCAUCAAUCUCUAUUGCAACCAUCUAUUAACCAGCAUCAGCUAUUGCAACCUAACCCUAAUAUCCAGUAUCAACCAUUAUUGCAACCUAAUGAACAUCCCCAGAUCAUUAACAAUCAAUCUACGAUAAUUCACUUAUCCAAAAUUCUGCGGUGCAUAAUUCUGCUCGCUCUAAAAAUAUUUUUUGUAUUGUCUCCGAAGGAUAAACGUGACUUUAAUCAUUUUCAAAAACUAAAUACAAUAUUAAUAGCAAUGUUCUUUGAAAAUGUCUGA